AUGCCACGGAAGAGGACAACCAAGCGCGCUGAAGUGCCCAAUAAACGCACCACUAGAGCGAAAUCCGUGCAGAAAGAAGAAAUGGAGGAUGCAAAGCCCCUGAAUGAGGCCAAAGUUAGCGAAAAUGAGGCCGGAAUAGAUAAUCCUGGUGCGAGUCAGGAUCAGAAAGAAAAUCAGGAACCGCAAAACGAGGAUAGCAAAAAGCAAGGCGACAAAAAACCCCUCUCACCUAUACCUGGUCUCGAAAACCCGCUGAUGACACCCUCAAAGCGUCUUUUUGAUAGUCCGGAGCGCCCCACAUUGCUUUCUCCUACAAAGGCGCGUCAAGAGUUCAGACUACCUUCAGAGGCCGCGGUGUCCCAACUAGUUCAGCGUAAGGACUUAAAGACGCUUACGAGUAUUUUCAACGAUCUAGCAACAUCGAAAACCGAAAAGAUGUUCCAGGAUUACAAAAAGCUGUCAGAACGGAAGCAUCAGGCUAGUGAAACACUAAUCAACAACCUGACUAAGGAAAACCAAAAACUUCGCUCGAGUCUCAAAUCGCUGCAGGUCGGUAAGCAAAACUCAAAAGAAACGGAACUAAUGAAACGACAAAUCGAGACACUCAAACGCGAGAAUACACGUCUAAGCUCCGAAAUUGAGUCGCUGAGCGCCAAACGCGGCUCUAACAAAUCUGAAAUCGACAAUGCAGUGGCUGAACUUGAUCUUAUGGGCACGAAACUAGAGAUUGCGGAGCUUUUAACAGGGCUCACAUGCCAAGAAUACAUCGAAGACUCUGAAAACAUGAUAUUCAAGAUGAAGCAGCAGGGUGAGACUUGUUAUUUGAUUUAUCAACUUUUAAUCAGCAAAACAGGGGCCGGAGAGAUUGUUUACAUUCCAAUCCUCAAGCAUGAGGAAAGCCAGUCUGGUUCAGACCGCGAAGAGUGGACCGAGAAUCUCAACAAGCUUGAGAAAGUUUUGCCGGAUUACUUGCUGGACAAUUUGACAUUCCCUUCCAAUACACUCUACAACUUCUACAACAAGCUGGGGAGAUCGCUCAACAAGAAAGUGGAUUGA